CGGGCGCUCUCUAAUGACGCCCCUCAGCUGUCCGCACUCGCGCCGGCCGGUGUUUGGGCAGAGUCUCUAGCCACCCUGGGUGGGGCUGAGUCCGUCCCUGGGCAAAGGCUGCCUUAGGAGGGCUGAGAAGCAGCCAUGCCUUCCGACCCGGCUCGCGUGCGGUCGCGACGCCAGAAGGCGGCCUCGCAGAUAGCUAUCCAAGAAAACACCAUGAAAGAUACUGACAUCAAGAGACUUCUAUAUACCAAUCUUUUGUGCAUAUUUUCAAUUUUUCUAAGCGUUUUUAUUCCAUCCUUCCUCUUGGACAACUUCUCAGUAUUGGAAAGUCACUUGACCUGGUUGUGUACUUGUUCUGCUUUUGUGGCUGCUGUCAAUCUCCUGUUAUAUGUAAUAGUGAAACCGAAUCUAUCCUCUAAAAGAAGUUCAUUAUCUCAUAAGGUAACCAGAGUUUUGAAAUGCUGUAUCUACUUUCUUAUGUCUUGUUUUUUCCUUCAUGUCAUUUUUGUUCUAUAUGGAGCACCACUAAUAGAGCUGGUGCUGGAGACAUUUUUAUUUGCAGUUAUUCUGUCUACGUUUACUACAGUUCCUUGUUUAUGUCUGUUAGGACCAAACCUCAGAGCAUGGCUAAGGGUUUUCAGUAGAAAUGGUGUUACAUCCAUUUGGGAGAACAGUCUACAGAUCACUACAAUUUCUAGUUUUAUAGGAGCAUGGCUUGGAGCAUUUCCUAUUCCACUGGAUUGGGAAAGACCAUGGCAGGUGUGGCCCAUCUCCUGUACACUUGGAGCAACCUCUGGCUACAUGGCUGGCCUGGCUAUCUCACCACUCUGGAUAUACUGGAAUAGAAAGCAGCUUACAUACAAGAACAAUUAAGAGGAGAAAGGGAGACGUUAUUUCUUUGUGCAGACUCCAUAGGGCUGUGCAGAAAUGUCAAAGCCAAGCAGUCCAUUUACAGCACUGUUGUUCUUUUUAAAUGUCAUUUCAACAUGAUGUGAUUGUAGCUUUUUAACUAUGAAACCCCUGAGAGAUUGUACCUUCUAGUUGAAAUAAAGUAUUUAUAGUA